GUGCAUGGGAGUAAACCGAAUAAGAUUGGUUGGUGUUGAAUAUGAUCUGACUUCUGAUGAUUGGUCGGAUAAGGUUUGACCGAGAUGCAUAUAAAGAGCAAAUGGAUGUCUUUGUUUUGGGGCUUGAAGUCUUUUCUUUCUUUUCCAUUGAACCAACAGACUGUCAGGGUCUCCAGAAUGAUCAGUGUUUUCCUUCUGCUGCUGCUCCUGCAGACGUGCUCAGGCUCCACUUAUCAAAACUUGGCCUUGCGUGGAAAAGCAACCCAGUCAAACCGUUAUGAUCAUGUAUUUGGAGCUGCCAGCAACGCCAUCGAUGGAAACCGUGAGGGUGAUUUCCAUUUUGGUUCGUGCACCCACACUGAUACAGAAGACAACCCCUGGUGGAGAGUGGACCUGCUUGAGUCCUACAUCGUCACCUCCAUCAUCAUCGCCAACAGAGGAGACUGCUGUCAACAAAGGCUUAAGGGGGCAGAGAUCCACAUCGGCAACUCUUUAGAAGGAAAUGGCGUAGCAAACCCCGUGGCUGCUACAAUUAAGAAAUUAACUUCAUCACAUUUGGAAACUCUGACUCUCACUGAACGUGUGGAGGGACGCUAUGUGACCGUGGUUAUACCGGGUGCUGAUGAGAUCCUUACCCUCUGUGAGGUGGAAGUCUACGGGUACCGGGCCCCAACUGGAGAAAACCUGGCACUCCAAGGGAAAGCCUCACAGUCAUCAGUGUAUAUGUUUGGCUUUGCAUCUAAUGCAAUAGAUGGGAAUCCUGACAGCAAUUGGGAGGACGGCUCCUGCACUCACACAAAAAACAGCAUCAGCCCAUGGUGGCGAUUGGAUCUGCGCAAAACCCACAAAGUGUUUUCUGUCAAGGUAACCAACCGAGACGAAAUCCCAGAACGACUCAAUGGAGCUGAGAUCCGCAUCGGAGAUUCUCUCGAAAACUUUGGCAACAACAACCCCAGGUGUGCUGUGAUCACAAGUCUCCCUGCUGGUGGUGUCGGUGAUUUUGAUUGUCAGGGGAUGGACGGACGCUUCGUCAACAUAGUCCUCCCAGAAAAAGACGAGUUCCUGAGUCUGUGUGAGGUGGAGGUCUACGGCUCUCGUCUGGAUUAAGUGAAGAAUUGAACAAUGCAUAAAAAAAACAAAUAUCCCCCAUUUCUAAAUUCAUCUCCUAGAAUGACAGUGAUUGUUUUUUGAGAAUGUUUACUUGAUUACAUAUAAUGUGGUUUUGAUGCUGUUUUUUGGUCCCCACCUGGUCCAGGACACAUUUCUAUGUUCUCAAUACUGAUAUACAAUAAAAACGGUCUGUCCAUCGUUA